UAAUAUUAUAUCAAUGAAACACAAACAAAGAAUAAAAAAAAAACAGUUUUCAAAAAUUCUCUGAAUGUAGUUCAACACAGUUUUUCUUUUUCAAUUGUUUUCUGUUUCCAAGCACUCAUUUCCUCUCACAUAUAGGGUGUGAAUAGAUAUCAAUAGGGGUUUUUUUGUUCCUGCCCUCCAAGUAACCUGUUGUAAAACAAUCUACAGGUGUAGGUGUAGCACGCAUGCAGUGAAUGCAUAACAGCAGCAAGGGUAUCUGAAGUAUCUAAACUUUCCUCCUUUAUCAAACUACAGAAAUUCCACAGAGCAAGUUAUGAAUGACGUGGCUUUAACAUUAAAGGUGUGGCAGGUGAAAUCUUUGGUUCCAACCCCAGUGGCAACAGCCUAUGUGAGGUGUGGAGUGUUCCUCUGUGUGUGUGUGUGUGUGUGGGUGGGUGCGUGCGUGCGUUUGUGUGUGUAAGUGUGUGAGAGAGAGAGAGAGAGAUUACAGCUAGCCAGAAGACAGGGAGGAGGCCCUAAAACCAGCUAAAGCAGCAGCAUUAGGAUCAGAAAACACCCGACGUUAUGCAAACGCACGCAUACUGAGUGUAGGCAGCUCCCGCUGCCUUUCGCACUCAGUGGCAGGACCGGCAUCGCAGCAGAAAGAGCGGGAGGAGGGGCCAGCAGCCAGAUCUUCAGCCUGCAGGUUCCUGCCUGCGUAAGAGAGCAGGGCUAGGUUAACCACAGAUGAGUUUCCGGACACGCCGGGUGGCUUGCCAACUUCGAGAGACCUGAGUGCAGGAGGAGAUGGCAGUGCUGUGAUUCCGCUUGCCUGGACCAGUAUCGGUCAGCCCGGCAGGUUUCCGUUUGCUCUCCUUGGUUCGAGCGGCUCCCGGUGAACAGGCAUCUCAGUGCUGGGGAAGCCGAUGAUCAUCGCUGUCCCGCUUUGGCGCUCUGGUUUUUGAGCGGCAGGAGCAUGACACAUAACGGCUCGGCGGCCAGCCACGGCAGGCAGCGAGAGGAACUUAAAAUUGUGAUUGUGGGGGAUGGGGGAUGUGGGAAGACAUCCCUUCUCAUGGUGUAUGCCAAAGGAGAUUUUCCAGAGAAAUAUGCUCCAUCUGUGUUUGAAAAGUACAUCACCACAGUCAAGUAUGGAGGCAGAGAAAUCGUCUUGAACCUCUAUGAUACAGCGGGUCAAGAGGACUAUGAUCGGUUAAGGCCACUCUCCUACCAGAAUGCCAACCUUGUGAUCAUCUGUUAUGAUGUGACCAACCCCACCAGCUUUGACAAUGUUAUGAUCAAGUGGUACCCAGAGGUGAACCAUUUCUGCCGUGGCGUUCCGGCAAUUCUUAUUGGCUGCAAGACAGACCUCCGCAAGGACAAGGAGCGAACCAGGAAGCUGCGGGCUCUCGGUCAGGCCCCCAUCACAUAUAUCCAGGGGGAGGAGACCAAGCUGCAGAUCAAUGCUGAACUGUACCUGGAAUGUUCCGCAAAGUACAGGGAGAACGUGGAGGACAUUUUCAGAGAGGCUGCCAAGCGGGGCCUGGCAGGCAUUCGGAAAGCCAGGCAAGCACGCAAGAAGAGCGGGAUGUGCGUCCUCCUCUGAUCACAUGACUAGCACGGUCCACGGAUGAACAGCUGACAGGAUGCAGCGGCCAUCUUGUUUCUCAAGUACAAUAUUGUACAAGUACUGUGUCUGCUCUCGCAAAAGACAAUUACCUUUUUUAAAAAUAAAUAUUUCAAAUACUUUUUUUUUAAAUGGCAUGAAAGUUGUGCCAAAAUGGUCUCACUUUUUCCCCAGCUGGUGAAGCCGCGUGUGGGCAUUUAUUUGUUGAGCCAUUCCAGGAAUAACGUGUUGCCCGACAUCCAUCAGGAAGUCCAUAUACCUGAAUCCCCACUGUCCAAAUGGAAGCUCCUGUUUGGGGUACUGGCUGGACCAGACCCCACACAAUGUUUUUGGGGAGAAACUGUAUGCUGCUAGCCUAUCACUUCACUGUAACUGGUGAUUUACACUGUAUUAUCAUGUGGAAAUGAGAAAUAUUCAAAGAGGCACAAUUCCAAAAUUUGUGAUUUUACACACUGUACACUUAUUUAUCAAAAAGUAAGAAUCAGUCCACAAACAGGGAAAUUGAUCAAUGAAUGUGAAAUAACCAUUUUCCAUCUAAUUAAAGCAGCUAGGAUUGAUUGAUUUAGACUGAUUUGCUGGUCAUUCUCAAAUGAAUGUAUUUACUCACUUCCUUGGCUGUAAACACAGAAAGAUAUAUAUGUUUGUUAGCAUUGAUUUAGCACAUUUUAUAAAAGCAGUAUGGUUUUUUUUUUUUUUUAAUAAAUUGGAUAAAUAUA